AUGGUGGAUCCAGAUAAAGCGUUGUUGGAGAGUGAAGAGAGGGAGAGGAAAAAGAAGAGGUUGUGGAGAAUGGGAGAGAGCCAGAAGUUCCAGCUGGGAACCAUUGGGGCUCUGAGCUUGUCGGUGGUGUCGUCAGUUUCGAUUGUUAUUUGCAACAAGGCGCUUAUUAGCACGCUUGGUUUUACUUUUGCCACUACUUUGACAAGCUGGCAUCUUCUGGUCACAUUUUGUUCUCUUCACGUAGCAUUAUGGAUGAGAAUGUUUGAGCACAAGCCUUUUGAUGCUAGUUCUGUGAUGAGUUUUGGAGUUUUAAAUGGAACAUCUAUUGGACUUCUAAAUCUCAGUCUUGGUUUCAAUUCUGUUGGUUUCUACCAGAUGACAAAACUGGCUAUCAUUCCUUGUACUGUUCUUUUGGAGACCCUUUUCUUUAGGAAGAAAUUCAGCCGAAGUAUCCAGUUUUCACUCUGCAUCCUUCUUAUGGGUGUUGGGGUCGCAACAGUGACUGAUCUUCAGCUCAAUGCCCUGGGUUCUUUUUUGUCCCUGCUGGCAGUUCUUACAACCUGUGUAGCUCAGAUUAUGACCAAUACCAUCCAGAAGAAGUUCAAAGUUUCUUCAACCCAACUUCUGUAUCAGUCUUGCCCUUAUCAGGCGAUAACCUUGUUUAUCAUUGGUCCAUUUCUAGAUGGAUUUCUGACUAGUCGAAAUGUUUUUUCCUUCGCAUAUACCCCACAAGUGCUGUUCUUCAUUGUUCUAUCCUGCCUCGUAUCUGUCUCUGUCAACUUCAGUACGUUUUUGGUUAUUGGAAAGACGUCUGCGGUAACCUAUCAGGUCCUUGGACAUUUGAAAACAUGCCUUGUUUUGACAUUUGGUUACACUCUACUUCAAGACCCAUUUGACUGGCGCAAUAUUUUAGGAAUAUUGAUUGCUGUACUUGGAAUGGUACUAUAUUCUUAUUGUUGCACUCGUGAGAGCCAGCGGAAGGCUAGUGAAGCAUCUCAACAGUUGCCUCAGACGAAGGAAAGUGAAGUGGAUCCUUUAUUAGCAAUGGAAAGUGGAACUGGAAUGCUAGGGGAGGAUGGUGCCGUUCAGAAAGGUACUUUGUGGAAUUCAAACAAGGACCUGCAUGCUUAAAGCCUUUGCAAUGGUUUAAUUCAUGCAAAAUAGUUUUAUCCAAAGUAGUGGAAAAAAACUGUUCCAGCAAUGAAGAUGUUGUUGGCAAGGGUUCUCUAUCCAGGGCAUUGGUUGGGGAUUAUAAUUUCAUAUUGUAGAAGUAACACUUCAGAGUUCAGGAGUUGAAGAAAAGCAGCUUAUAUAGCAGUUUUGGUUUAAUAUUGUAUGAAUCAGGUUUAGCAAUCGGGAUUCAUACCGGAAUUUGGUAUGUCAAAUUGUAUUUGUACCCAAAUACUAGAAAAUAUUCAGUUGGUUUCUACCAAUCAGUUUCAUUUAGAAACACAAUGAAUGAGCCAUAAUGUUCAAUUUU